UUUCGUGUGGAGACGUGGAUGAUUGGUCACAUGUCGAACAAAAUGGACGUCGACGAAACUAUGAAAGAGAAUGAGGAAACUGAAAAAGGAGACCAGGAGAAAGAGGAGGCUGUAGAUAUGCUGGAAAGUUUAUCGAAGGAUUAUUCGACUUAUCUUGAAAUUGAUGCGUCAAAAGAGAAAAACAAAUUUGGUGAAACCAUUGAAGAUAUGUUGACCAAAUUGGAUGAGUUUGGUAGCCUUGUGGAUAUGAUACGCAGUGACUCCACUCUCUGUCUAACGUCCACACUACCUAAGAUACAGAGGAAACAGGCUGAGAUCCAGGAUAUGUUUGACAAGAUCGACAGACUAGAGGCGUUUGUGUCGGUGGUACGUGAGAACACAGCCAUGAUGGAGGAGUGUGUCAACAGAGCAGAAGACGAGAUGGGCUCCUUCAGCGGACUCAAGAAAAUGCUGUCCUCGUUUGUUAGUCCAAAGCGUUCUCAGACCAAAGACAACCAGACUCUAUCAUUCACCCCUCCACAAAUAUUUAAAACAGAAGAAUAUUUCCCAAGGCAGUCGUCACAAGAGGAUACUCCAGGGGAGACAACUGAAGGUGUUAAACCAGAAAGAAAUAUCACAUCUGCAACAUCAACAGCCUCCUGAUAUUUGAAUGUGUGUGUUUUUAGUUGAUAUAGAAUAAUUUAUGCCCUGGUCUUAUGAGUGCUGUGUCCGAGAGCGUGAGUGUUUGGUGCAGAGGAUAGUAAAUGUUAUGUAACAUUCCAGGGAAUUGUUGCUGUUGGCAAAUAAUAAUAUAUACAUGUAUUUAAUUAAUACUAAAAUACUACUUUAAUAACCUAUGAGUUUAUUGACUGUAUCCUUUUCAGGUCAAAAGUGCUCAAACAAUUUCCUUUAAAUGAAGCUUUGAGAAAUGCCCUUAGAUCAGUGAACAAUGUUGUGACAUCAUAAAGGGUGUAGUGCAUCAUGUCUUUUAAUCCAUUACCAAUAAAAAAUAUUAAGAUUAUUUUUGAAGGUAGUUGAACUAUAUUUUGUUCAUGAUCAAAGGGUGUAAUGCAACAGUAUCAUACUUUUAUCCAUUACUUAAUAAAAAUAUUUAAAAUACAGUUAUGUUUUUGGUAGUUGAAGUAUAUUUUGUUUUUAAUAAAAGAAUAAGGGACUUUUGUGAUGGUGAAUUCAAUGUGUUGUAUAGAUGUAACAUUGAAUGUUAAUUCACACCACUCCAUAUUUAUAAAUUUUCGAUGCUUUGCCGAGGGUUUUGCCAGAUUUGAAAAUCGCGAGGGUGGAAUUUCCCUAUUCUACAACCAUGGGCAAGAAAGAGUAUUUUUCUCUCACUACACCUACCAGGAUAAGUUCAGAAACCAUGAAAAUGCAUUUGGACUGGCUACCAUUUUGAAAAUAUCAAUUUUUCCCCUGAGCUUUUUAGACAAAAACGAAUCCGUCGGCAAGAUUUAGCAUGUACAGUAAAUAUAUCUCUAAAGGUUUUGAUUUCAUCACGUCACCUUUUCCGCAUUGCUGCAUCAGAGUUUUCCAAAUUUGUGACGUCGCAUCAUUGUUGGGCUAUUAUGACGUCACGACACAUGAAAUGAGGUGUAAGAUAGAAA